UCAGAUCUGUUGUCGAAGUUGUCGUCAUUCCUGCACCGCUUCCAAGUGCCCGGAAUGUACAGAAAACACAUCUGGAAACUGCUUCUCGAUGUGAUGGACGCCAAUGAAGACUCCGAUCCCUUUGUGUCCACUCAACAGACACUUCACUGCAAAGACAUUCGCAGAGCUCUGCAACUCAUGCUCUAUAUCGACGACAACACCACUCCUUCCAAGCAAUUGGUUCUCAUGUUUUUCCUCGAGUUCUCCGAAUUGGACAUCAAUAUUGAUAAACAGUUUCAGACAAAUGAAGUCAAAGAUCUUAUGGUUAUUAGCGAUGUAUUGGUUAAGGAAUUUAUUGACGACAAGAAUAAAUUGGAUGACAGUAUAGACGAGAUGUAUUGGUUGUUCAGAAACUUGAUCUCAAGCGUGAGAUUAAACUUUUUUGCUCUCAUCGAUUGUUACGAGAAGUUUGUGAAUGGUUUGGCUCAGGAGGAUAAGAGUCUUCACCACCAUUUAGUCAAAACUGGUAUAAUUAGAGUACAACCCAAUAGUACAGCCAUUAAUGGCGCGAAACGAGAUUACAAGAAGUACAACAUUUCCAACUAUAGACCAAUAAUUACAUGGUUUGUCCGCUUCUACGCCGGAAUCAUUGACCAUCACUGUCUCAUCAGAAUAUUUGAUAGAGUAGUGGGCGCUCUAAUACACGGCAGCCGACCCUUCGCUGUGUUGGGUUCGGUCGGAAAAGCGAUUUUAUCUCACUUUAGAACUGAUUUAUUAGAUUUGAAUACUUAUGAAGACAUUGCAAAGCGGUUACUCUCACCCUUAACACUGGAACAGUCAGAACAGGUCAUCACUAAAGCUCUGUCGCCUUAACAAUGAGUGAUAACUACUGAAGACAAACACUACUAAUUAUUUUUUAUAUUUAAUUUAAUUGCAAAACUAGUCAUUUAAUCUAUGAAUCAGUUUUUACAGACUUUGAGACAAUUUUGAAAUCAUUUUUUAUAUAUUUUAUACUAAAUUCAAAUAAAAAGAAAUUGAACUAAA